AUGGUGCGGUGGUUGAUACCGCUACUAGCAAUACUGAGCCUCAGCCACGCCGUCAAAAGGGAAGAUUUCAAGACCUGUGAACAGUCUUCUUUCUGCAAACGGCACAGAUCUAUCACGGUCCGUUUUCCUUUCCCUCUUGAACAAAGAUUACAUCACUGAUUUGAUUAAGUAAUUGGAUGAGUGCGCAAAAAUGUCUGAGUAACUCAGUUAAUCAUAUAGAGCUUAGUUAAUUGCGAAAUACAUUUUAAGUUCUAAAAGCUUUUUUUUGCAAAGAAAUGAGAAAAAAAAAAACUAUUUUCAGCGUUUUUGCCACGUUCAAACAAAAACUGAAAAAAAUAAGCUACUAUAUUAGGUUAUCUAAACAGUUUAUUUCUUAUUAUUUAUUUCUUAUCACUGAGGAUCGAAAAGUUUCAGUAUAGCCGUAGUCAGAUUAUAAAAAAAAGAACUCACACUUGUUAAAAACGAUCAUCGCCAGAAUCAUCAAUUUUUCGGAAUUAUUUUUAAUUUUUUUUAAAAGGCCAUUAGUCUUAUGUGAAAUGAAGUGGUUGAGAAAAAGUUGAAAAAAAUAGAAUUUGAGUGAAAAGUUUUCUUGAGCUUUUUGAAUGUGUCAAUAAUUUAAAAAAAUUAGAAACUUUUUUUCCUUUGAAAAACUUGAUUUCCAAAACUUUUUAUCUGUACAGGAAAAAGACUGGCUACACGGUCAUCGCCGGCUCCGCGACUUACUCGGGAUCAGAAUUUUUCGGCGUUGCUCCAAAAACUCGGAAAAAUAAGCUUCAGCUUCGUAUUUUUUUGGCUUAGAGGUUUUAUUUUUACCUAAUUAUAAGACUUGAUUUUGAGGAUUCAACGUUCCGCGUUCAAAUCGACGAGACGAAUGAAGCGAUUCGCAAGCGCUACGUGCCGGAAAUCGCCCUAGAUAGCCAAUAUAAAAAGGUUUUUCUUGUGAUUUUGAGAAGAUUUCUGAAGUUUAUCGAUUUCAGCAGCCAUUCUCCUCAGUCGACAUUUCUGCUGUCGAAGCUUCCAUCGUCACUGGGGACAAGAACGCAAAGGUUCGAUUAUUUCAAAAAGAUUAUGUUUUGUUAGAAAGAAUAUUUUUUUAAGGAAAAAUAAACUACGAGUUUUUUUUCAGAAAUCUUUAGCUCAUGAAAGUAAUAGAAUUUUUAGGUUCAAUAAUAGGGUCAAAAGUAAGGUGCAUUUGAAGCUGGAUCUUUGAAAUAAAAAUGGAUUCCUUUUCUGAAGUUUCUAAAUAUUUGAAAUUACAGCUUAUCGUUACAUUUGAUCCUUUCCUCGUCAACGUCCUCAAUUCUCACGGCGAGCUGGUCAGUCAACUGAAUCGCGAGGGAAAAUUGAAGGUUUGGUCGAAUCGAAAUUAUUUUCGUUCGAAAAUAGAAUAGAAAGAAAAUAAAAUUAUAUUCAUCCUUCGUUUCUUUCAGGUUGAAGAGUUCAGAAAGAAGGAAGAAGGAAAAAGAGUACCCAGAAGGAUUUUUGGGAGGAGAAUUUCAAGUCGUUCCGCGACAGCAAACCUUUCGGAUCCAGCAGCGUCGGGGUCGGUUUUUUUGCUGAUUAAUGUGUUUCUUAUCUGAUGUUUUUUUAUGAAUUUACUGUUUUUCUCAUGAUUUUCUUCAUUUUAAACCAAAACUGGAGAAUUUCAAGUCGUUCCGCGACAGCAAACCUUUCGGAUCCAGCAGCGUCGGGGUCGGUUUUUUGCUGAUUAAUGUGUUUCUUAUCUGAUGUUUUUUAUGAAUUUACUGUUUUCUCAUGAUUUUCUUCAUUUAAACCAAAACUUUCCAGGUUGAUAUCUCCUUCGUCGGCUUCAAAACGGCUUUCGGCCUUCCAGAACACGCCGACUCAUUUGCUCUACGGACGACUGUUGGAAACACUGAUCCCUACAGGUUUUUUAUUCAAAAACAUUAAAUUCAGCUUUUUUGAGUUAGGCGUGAGCGUAUCCAGUCUGCACCUUUUUUUUUGAAUACGGCUUAGUCGAAAUUCAUUUUGAAUGUUUUUUUUUGGAGAUAUUUGAAUUUCCAGGCUGUACAACUUGGACGUUUUCGAGUACGAAAUCAACAAUCCGAUGGCUCUUUACGUCGCGAUUCCCUACAUAUUGGCCCACCGUUCUAACCGAUCUGUCGGCGCCUUGUGGUUUGUUUUUUCUAUCGGUUUUUUGAAGAUUGAAUAACUUUUCGAAUUAAUUAAUCUCCAUUUAGCGGCGGAAAAGCUUUAGGCCGAGAAAUCAGAAUGUUUCCAGGUUCAACGCCGCCGAAACCUGGAUCGACACGUCUUCGUCGGCUUCUUCCAAGGGAAUCUUCCGGAAUGUUCUUGACAAGGUUUGGCUUUAUGAAAAAAGCGUUUUGAAAACAAAAAAGUAAGGAAUAUCACACAUUGAUUGAUACGUAGAAGUUGCAAUUUGUCAACCUUCAAAUUUAUGAGAAAAUUCCCCUUUUUAUUGAAAAUAAGUUUUCUGAUUCCAGAUCAGAAAUAGUUAUCGCAACAGAACUUUUUUUUUUCGAGUAGAGACGCUUCAAAAGCUGAAACUCUGCUAUUUUCCAAUGAAAAUACAUUUUUGCAGGUGACCGGCUCAGCGGAGAACAUCCCUCACUUCGACGCGCACUUCAUCUCGGAAAGCGGCCUCGUCGACGUCUUCUUCUUCGUCGGACCGACUCUCCGCGACGUACAGAGGCAGAACGCCAAAGUCACCGGGGUUUGUCUGAAUCCCCCCUCAAGCUGCAAUUAUCCUCUUCUUUCCUAGGUGACUCCUCUUCCGCCAAUCUUCUCCAUCGCCUAUCAUCAGUGCCGUUGGAACUACAACGACGAGCAGGACGUCGCCAAGGUAGUUCUAGGCUUCGAGUAAAUCUAGGAAGCUGUUUUGAAUUUCGUCUGUGAUCACAAAUAUCGGUUGGACUUUUAGAACCAAUAUUUUUCAUACCAAUGCUGUACAAUAGGAAAUAGGCUUAUCUUUGGUGGGAUCCUGCACGGUUGGACUAUUUGAAAGGCGUUCAUAAUAAUUUUUAUAAAAAGGCUUUCAAACAAAUAAGAAAAUAGCUAGAGGUUUUCCAACCUAGUAGUAAUAAUAAUACAUUUCUCAGGUCAACGCCGGUUUCGACGAAUGGGACAUUCCGAUGGACGUCAUCUGGCUCGACAUCGAACACACCGACGGAAAGAAGUACUUCACCUGGGACCAGAACAAAUUCGGACACGCCAAGGAAAUGAUCGACAACGUUGCCAGCAAGGUGAGCCGUGUGGAAAAGAGAAGAAGCCGAAGUUGUCACUUUAGGGAAGGAAGAUGGUCACUAUCAUCGAUCCUCAUAUCAAGAAGGACGACGGCUACUAUGUCUACAAGGUGAGCAGUUUUAAAAUGAUCUUUUUAAAGCUUAUUAUUAAUAUGCGAGCGUUAAAAAAUUAUAUUUCUUCCAUUUUUUUUUCCAAAACAUGCAUUUCUCUCCGUUCUAAAAAGUGUUCACCAAACAGAAAAAAAAAGGAAAAGAACUAUUUUUAGGACGCCAAAGACAAGGGACUUUUCGUAAAGAAAGCCGACGGCACCACCGAUUUUGAAGGACAUUGCUGGCCAGGCUCCAGUGAAUACCUCGAUUUUUGGCAUCCCGAGGUAGGAAUCAUGGUUUUCCCUCCUAAUAAAAGUCGAUUGAAGACCCGUGCCUACUGGAAAGACCAGUUCAGCUUCUCCAGAUAUGUCGGCUCGACUCCCGAUCUUUUCACGUGGAACGACAUGAAUGAGCCAUCGGUUGACUCUUUUUUUCAGAUGGAAAAUAUCCAAUUUUUUAAUUUUUCAGGUAUUCAGUGGACCUGAGAUCACCAUGGACAAGGACGCCAUCCAUUAUGGAGGCAUCGAACAUCGCGAAGUUUGUCUUCAAAAAGAAAAUGUUCUGAAAAUCAAGUGUUUAAGGUCCACAACAUGUACGGAAUGAUGUACCAUUCGGCGACUUUCGAGGGUCAGUUGGCCAGAACCGGUGGAAAAGAUCGUCCUUUCAUCCUCACGAGGUUUGGACAACAACUAUUGAGAAACGGGAACUUACUAGUUUCAUUUUAUCUCAAACGAAGGAAAAUGAGAAAAGAAAUUCUUAUAUGGAAACUAGUAGGGAUACGGGAAAGGCUCUAUGAUAUUAAAAUUUCUUUUAAAUCAGCGGAUCAAUAUAUUUUGCAAAAAAAUUUUAUACGCUUUUCUUUGUACUCUGUUUUGCGGAUAGAAACAAUUUUUUGUGUUGUCAAUUUUUUUUUUCGAAAUUAUUUUUCAAGAAACUUCAACCUUUCUAUUUUCAUUUUUAUCACCCAAGUUCUUGUUUCUUCUUUUUAGUCAUAAACUAGAACCUUUGAUAAUGCGGAAACCACAUUAUUCUUUAUCAUAAUCCAUCCUAGAAGUUUUGAGAUAUUUAAAUGUCUGAAAAUCAAGUUGGUAUCAAGGCCGAGGUCUGAACGCAUCGACUGUUUCAUUUUUCAACCGAGUCUCAAUUUCUAAAAAAAAUUGACUCACCUUUUUUUUGCUGCAUCCAAUUCAAGCCAAAAGUUGCUUCGAAAUGCCUUCAAUUUUCAAGAAGAAAUUCCUAUCGAAAAUUGUUCUGAAUCAAUCUAGCCAUACAGAUCGGGCUUCGUCGGAACUCAAAGGACGGCCGCCAUCUGGACAGGCGACAACACGGCCGAGUGGGGACACCUCGAAAUUUCCGUCCCUAUGCUUCUUUCCCUCAGUGUCUCUGGAGCGCCUUUUGUCGGUAAUCAGGACUUUAUAGAUUGUUUAAUAUUGACUUUUUCCUCUCAGGAGCCGAUGUCGGCGGUUUCUUCGGAAAUCCAGAUGAACAAUUGUUGACCCGUUGGUAUCAAGCUGGAGCCUAUCAGCCCUUCUUCAGGUUGAAAUUUUUCGGACUUCUAAAACACAUUAUAAGAAAUGUAUUUAAGUUUCAAGGUUUACUUUUUUUUAAAAUGUUCUAACGAAAAAAAAAUAUUCUCCUGCCUCUUGUUGUUUUUUCUCACUUCUUAAUAUUUCAGAGCUCAUGCUCACAUCGAUACUCGCCGCCGAGAGCCGUGGCUCAUGUCGGAAUCGACCAGACUGGCCAUUCGCUCUGCGAUUCGGGCUCGUUACGCCCUCUUGCCCUACUGGUUCUGCCUCUUUUUGAAACCCAAAACGAAAUAAAUCUUCAGGUACACUCUCUUCCAAGAACACACCGUCAACGGAAUCCCGCCGAUGCGACCUAUCUUCUACGGAUUCCCCAGCGAGGAGCAACACUUCGAGGAGCAGAAAGUUGGAAUUAUUCAAGAAGUUGCCCCGGAAAACAGAUGAUCUUCUUUGCAGCAAUGGCUCCUUGGAGAUGCUCUUCUUGUCCGCCCCGUUCUUGAGAAGGACACGUACAACGUGAUGGUCAACCUUCCAUUCGGGGAAAAUGGAGUUGGUCUUUUCUAUCUAGAAAAUUCAUUUCAAAUCAAAAACUAAGAUAGAUUAAAAAUUUCCUGGAACCUGAAAACUUUUUUCGUAAGAGUUUUGAACAAAUCAUGAAGCCCGAACGAGGGAUUUCACUGCGCUCCGAUAGAUUACAUGAUUUCUUUGCUAUAUUAAAAAAAAUCAGUGAAAAAAAGAGGCUUCAGUAUUAAUUCGAAGGUUUUUUUUUUUGUUAAAAAGAGAGGUUAAGGACGAGCGAUGGUACGAUUGGGAGACGGGGGUCGAGCAGCGCGCUGGACAGAUUUACGUCGACGCUCCUAUCGAAGCGACGCCAGUCUUCCAACGAGGAGGAACCAUCGUUCCGACCUGGCAACGCAUCCGACGCGCCUCCAUCCUCAUGCUUGACGUCAGUCUUCCUCAAAUCCUCCAGCUCAUCUUCUUUCACUUCUACAGGAUCCACUGACUCUCUUCGUCGCCUUGGAUUCGACCAAGAGCGCCAAGGGAGAAGUUUACCUCGACGACGGAAAAACUCACGAUUAUCGCGAAGGAAAAUUCAUCCACACCCAGUUCCACUACAGGUUUUGAUACAGUACUGUUUUUCGGCUUUAUUUUGAACUUUCAGAGCCGAAACGCCGUCGAAAUCAGUUUUCGAAAGCAAGGUUUUGGGUGGAAAUCGAGACGCUAAGAACUGGGUCGAGCGCAUUCAAAUUCGUGGCAUAGAUCAGGCUCCGAAAACUGUCGAGGUGAGGAAAAAUUUGGAAUAUCGUUAAAAGUUUUGAGUUAGAACGUUCAUACUCCUAGUUGAGAAAUCAGCUCAGGCCAUGAAGACUGACUCGAUCUAAAUAAUUUGAGAAAUUAGUUUUUUGGAACAGAUUGGGGACUGCUUAUGAAUGUUAACCAACCGCUUCAAAAAGUGUAAUUAGUUCAAGGAAUCUUGCUGUCCUCGAUUUAAGUUCAAUUCUAAACAUUUCUUCCGUCCGACUUUAAACGGCUCCUUAUUGCAGGUAAUCCGACUUUCGGACCCGACAGAGGUCCUAGAGUUCUCACAUGACCGCGACCGAAAAGUCUUGACGAUCCGCAAUCCGGCGGCCCUCCUCACUCAGUCCUUCACCGUUAAUCUAUUCUUCUAA